CUUCAUGCUGGCUUUUUUCUUGUUAUUUAGUCAGCAUAUAAAUCAUUAUGCGUGCCUAUUGCUGUAUACUUUUGGUGGGCUCUUACUUGUAUUCCUACGGAUAGAAACAAAAUCAGGUCUACUACAUAUAUAUAUUCAAGUCAAUGACCAUUACAAUGUCAAAUCUUUCGGAAUAUUUCUUCGUGCAUCAUUGCGGUGAGACUAGUGGUUAUUAAAUCCAAGAUCUUUUUGUGUUAUUGAAAGGUUCUUUGGAAACUAUACUGAUGUACUAUUCCACAAAUGAUCGAAAGUGAUGCUGGAGCAUUGUUAUCCUUAUUCUUCUUCCCAUGGUGAAAUUGCACCGGAGAGAAAAAAAAAACACAUUUACCCUUUCUUUUCUUUGACUUGAAAAAGUCUAUGCUUUUAGUUUCCCCUACAGCUUAGGUUUGCUUAUAUAUAGUCUCCCCUAUCCUCAUAGCCUAGGCAACUGGUUUCCGUUUUUUCUUAGGAAGGUAAGACUCUUACCGUAAGAGAAUAUGAAGAGUUCUCUUGAGCUAAUUUUGUUCGUGGUAGUUGCAACUUUUUCCACCAUUCAUAUUGUUCAACCUCAGAGCCAACAAGGGUUCAUCAGUUUGGAUUGCGGGCUUCCUGCGAAUGAAGUGUCUCCUUAUAAAGAGGACAGAACUGGAUUACAGUAUUCUUCAGACGCAACGUUCAUCCAGAGUGGAAAAACUGGUAGAAUUCAAAAAAAUCUGGAGACUAGAUACCUGAAGCCAUACAGAACGGUGAGAUACUUUCCAGAUGGGACAAGGAAUUGCUACAAUCUACGCGUCGAGAAGGGAAGAAAUCAUCUGAUCAGGGCUAGGUUUAUAUAUGGAAACUAUGACGGCCUUGACAUUAACCCCAAGUUUGAUCUCUAUCUUGGACCUAAUCUAUGGGCAACGGUGGAUUUGCAUAGAGCAGAUAACGGUACCCGGAGAGAGAUCUUCCACAUCCCAACAUCAAGCUCAUUGCAGAUUUGUCUUGUCAAAACUGGAGAAACAACGCCGCUGAUCUCAGCCUUGGAGAUACGACCGUUGGGAAAUAAAUCUUAUAGCACCAGUUUUGGUUCUCUUAAUCUUUUCUUCCGGAUUUAUCUUAACCAAUCAGAUACUUACCUAAGGUUCCCGGAAGAUGUUUAUGAUCGCCAAUGGACUGCGUACUUUGAGACGGGAUGGACUCAAAAAACCACAUCUAGCGAUGUGCGCGUUUCCAACAACUACGAGCCACCGAAAGCCGCCCUCAAAACUGCUGCCACGCCUACGAAUACAAGCGAGCCGCUGACGAUUGAUUGGAGUUCAGACAAUCCUGAGGACCAGUAUUACUUGUAUACACACUUUGCUGAGAUCCAAGAGUUGCAGGCAAAUGAAACCAGGGAGUUCAACAUGUUUUGGAACGGAGAAAAAUAUUAUGGCCCUCUAGUUCCAGACAAGCGAGAAAUAAAUACUAUUUAUGGCGGGACACCGGAAACUUGUAAAGGAGUGACAUGCAGCCUCCAGCUGAUAAAAACCAACAGAUCAACUCUUCCUCCUCUGCUUAACGCUAUUGAGGUCUACAAAGUUAUUCAGUUUCCACAGCCCGAAACAGAUGAAAACGAUGUGGUUGCUAUCAAAACCAUAGAAGCUGCAUAUGGAUUGAGUAGAAUUAACUCCCAAGGUGAUCCUUGCGUCCCUCGACAGUUUAUGUGGGACAGUUUAAACUGCAGCAACACAGAUAUCUUCACGCCACCAAGAAUCAUUUCUUUAAACUUUUCUUCAAGUGGUUUAACUGGAAACAUAGCAGCUGCCAUUCAAAACCUUACGCAACUAGUUAAACUGGACUUGUCCAAUAAUAACUUGACUGGAGAAGUGCCUGAGUUUCUAGGCAACCUGAAAUUUUUGUUGCUCAUAAACUUAAGUGGGAACGAUCUUAAUGGUUCAGUUCCUACAUCUCUACAAAGGAAAGGACUCGAGCUUUCUCUUCAAGGAAACCCAAGGCUGCUUGUUCCCUCUAGUUCACCAACAAAGCCACCUAAAAAAAGCUUUGUAGUACCAGUUGUUGCAUCGGUUGGUUCUGUAGCUAUGCUCAUUGCCGCAUUGGUUCUUUAUCUUGUUCUUAGAAAGAAAAGGCAACCCACUAUUGAAGUUGUUUGCCCACCACCAAGCAGGCCUACCGUGAAUGUUACACAUGCUAAUUCACCUGAGCCAUCAAUCGAGAUGAAAAAGAGAAGGUUUACUUAUUCAGAGGUUACCAAAAUGACAAACAAUUUUGAAAGAGUUGUAGGGGAAGGAGGAUUUGGGGUUGUCUGUCACGGUACUGUCAAUGGUGAACAGGUAGCUGUUAAGCUACUAUCUCAGUCAUCAACUCAAGGCUAUAAAGAAUUCAAAGCAGAGGUUGAUCUUCUACUGAGAGUUCACCAUACAAAUUUGGUAAGCCUCGUUGGAUAUUGUGAUGAAGGAGACCAUUUGGCCCUCAUCUAUGAGUUUGUACCUAAUGGAGACCUAAGACAACAUCUAUCAGGAAAAGGAGGAAGGUCUGUCGUCAAUUGGGGUAUUCGGCUAAGAAUAGCUGUGGAAGCAGCUUUAGGUUUGGAGUACUUACACAUUGGAUGCACACCGCCAAUGGUUCAUAGAGAUGUCAAAACUACAAACAUAUUGUUGGACGAGCAUUAUAAGGCCAAACUUGCUGAUUUUGGGCUCUCCAGGUCUUUCCCAGUCGGAGGUGAAUCUCAUGUCUCGACGGUGGUUGCUGGUACUCCUGGUUACCUAGACCCUGAGUAUUACCAUACAGGUCGGUUGGGUGAGAAAAGUGACGUUUACAGUUUCGGCAUUGUGUUAUUGGAAAUUAUCACAAACCAAUCAGUGAUUGAUCGAAACCGCAGAAAUUCUCACAUAACACAAUGGGUUGGGUCUGAGCUCAAGGGAGGAAAUAUUGCAAAUAUCAUGGAUCCAAACCUUCACGGGGAUUAUGAUUCUCGCUCUGCCUGGAGAGCUCUUGAGCUGGCAAUGUCGUGCGCGGAUCCAACUUCAGCAAAACGACCAACCAUGUCUCAUGUUGUUAUCGAACUAAAAGAAUGUCUUGUAUCUGAAAAUUCGAGGAGAAAUAUGAGUCGAAGAAUGGAUUCACUGAGUUCCCCUGAAGUAAGCAUGACCUUUGACAGUGGUAUGAUUCCCAGAGCAAGAUAGUGUGUGUCGGACGUAUCACAAGGACAAUAACCUCAGUGUGUGUUUGUAUGCCUAUUGGUUUUCAAAAAUUUAUGUAAAAAUGAAAUAGUAACUGAACUGAUUGAAGGAUGUUCUGUGUAAUAAAUUGAUUAAAAUAAAUAUAUAUAGUUUCAUGAAGAUAAAGGAAAUAAAAAUGCUUGAAUCUCGUUUUCAGUUAAUAUACAAAAACUUGUUGAUCUUUUUAUGUUACCAAGAAGUGAAUGUCAGUUU